GUUGGUAACAGUAGGAACCUCUUUAAUAAUUGACCGUGUGUUUUUUGGUGAGUGGGUACUGGUUCAGCUGAACUUCCUGAAAUUCAACGUGCUGCAGAAUCUGGGAACAUUUUAUGGAUCUCAUCCUUGGCAUUGGUACUUCACUCAGGGACUACCAGUCGUCUUGGGUACCCAUCUGCCUUUCUUUAUUCAUGGCUGUGUGCUCGCACCAAAAAGGUUUCGCAUCUUUCUAAUAGCGGUGAUAUGGACAGUGUUGGUAUACAGCACACUGAGCCAUAAAGAAUUCAGGUUCAUCUAUCCAGUACUGCCACUUUGCAUGAUAUUUUGUGGAUAUUCUUUGAAACACCUGAAAGCAUGGAAGAAAUCUGCAGCAAGUUUCCUGCUUUUAUCCAACUUGCUCCCAGCCCUGUAUACAGGCUUGGUUCACCAGCGAGGCUCUCUUGAUGUUAUGAGUCACAUACAGCAGCUCUGUAACAACGCUGACCGGUCACAAGCUUUCGUCUUCAUGAUGAUGCCGUGCCACUCUACUCCAUUUUACAGUCAUGUUCACUGUCCUCUAAAAAUGAGAUUCCUUCAGUGUCCCCCAGACCUAACUGGAAAUGAGAGCUACGUUGAUGAAGCAGAUGUAUUUUACUCCAAUCCACUUGGCUGGCUUAACAAGGAGUUUCACAAUGAUACAUUACUACCCAGUCACUUGAUCUUCUUCAGUGUGCUAGAACAGGAAGUAUCAUCAUUUCUAACUUUAAGGGGCUAUGAGAAAACAGCCGCGGUCUUUCACACUCAUGUACCUCAAGGACGAGUUGGAAGCCACAUCUACGUGUACAGGAAAAAAACCUGAAGGGAAUCAUACCUGAAGAUCAGUUUCUAGACUUAAGACCUAAUGAGAUCAGUUCUCAUAGCAGUACUAUGCUUAGAAGAUCUUGUACUGCAGAAAGGAGAGAGUAGUGAGUCUGAAACCGGGUAAGUCAAACGGGGAAGUCUGAUU